GUCGCUCGUUCAGCCUUGCUAUUUCUGCUCCUUUUGUCUACAAACGCUCCCACCGCCGCGGACGAGGCCCUCCACACCACCACGCAAACUUCACAGCGCUGAGCUCAAUGGGCGCCAAAUGAGCAGCUCCGCCCGUAGCCGCAGCGUCGCUCCGCACUCGACCGGCGAUACGCAGUACAAUGUCCGCGACGCCGCCCUGAUUGGAGCCGCGUCGGCCUUCGCCAGGCCACCCGCCAAACCUCAGCACCUCAGCAACACAUACACGGGCGGCGGCAAUGGGGCCCUCCUUGCUGCCACCAAAGUAGCGACAGCGGCCGGUUCUCCUGUGCAGAGAGAUUACACGGGCGGUAGCUCGCGGAGCGCCAGCCGUCCCCACCCCUCGCCCGGAUACGUCAGCAGCUCGAGCUCCCUGGGCGUGCCGGACACCCACGUCGACCGCGCACCGUCGCCGUCGCACACCGCGGCCAAGCUGGCGGCUGCGCGCCUCAGCCCUCGACGGCCCGCCAAGGCUCCCGCCAUGGUGAGCGAGCGGGACGCCAACGAGCGCGAUGUGCUGCCGCCCUCGGGCAGCGUGGGCAGCGUGCUGGCCCGCCUGGAGCAGCAGCGAGCUGUGCAGCAGCCACGCGGCAGGAGGGGCAGCACCGGUUCACCAUCUGUCGCCGAUGCAGCCAGUGCAGCGCCGCGCGACAAGCCCACCGACGACACCCCGAUCCCGCCCACCAACUCCCUGGUCAAGAUGUUCGAGCAGAACCGCCCAGUCACCCCAACGCCUGCUGCUCCAUCUAUCGUGAAGAACUCCGUGCCCCCCGUCAAGUCGCCCAAGCCCCGCCGCAAUUUCACACUGCCGCCUGAACCGGUUGAUGACGCUCCGCUUGCCAAGGCCAGGACGAGCAGCCCGCCACCCGUACCCAAGACAAAGCCCUCGGUCGACAGUCAACGGUUGCAGUUCACUGACGGUACGCGCGACGCCCCUCGCUCCGUCAUGCCCCAGUCGCAGAAUGCUCCAUUGAAGUCUCCGCCCAUCAAGCAGAAGCCAAUACAGCUGGCCGCGCUCAACACCAAGGCCAUCUCCGGACCUGCGGCAUCUGGCCAGGGGCGCCCGAAAUCGCAAGAAUUCAAGCGCUCAGCAUCCUUCCGACGACUGUCGACAUCGGUGGAGAGCAAUGCCCCGUCUUCGCCCGCGUCCUUCAAGUCGGCUCAGGAAGAACAAGAAGAGGGUGAGAACAUCAAGCUGGCCCUCACACCUCCAAUCGAGGACGAAGGCAAAGAAAAGCCCGCCCUUCCUCCGCCAAGGCGAUCCAACACCCGCAAGGCCGAGUCCGUCCCUGCUGAUGCCAAACUGCUGAAGCCCUCACUGCCACCCCCUCGACGGACAACGAAAAGCUCCUCGCCCCUCCCCCCAACAGACCGCCUCCUACCACCCGAACACUUCUCGCCCCCCAGACCGUCCUCUGCCACCGGCUCUGUCUACCACAAGCCCUACCAGCGCGAAUCCGUCAAAGCCAUCACCAAGCACAUGACCGGCGAAUCCCUCUCCAGCGCCAUAAUGGGCGCCGCGCUCGCCUCCUCACGCAACUCGUCCCCCAACCCCGCACCCCAGGACCUCUUAUACCCCCGCAAACCCCCACACCACCACCACACGCCCUUCCAUCGCUCGCCCUCACCCCCGAAAUCCCAACCGCCCAAACAUGCCCCCGGCAAACUACGCACCACAAUGCGCAAAGAUCCCUCGCCCCCCUCGUCCUCGGACUCCGAAAACGACUUUAAAGGCAAAGGCAACCGCCGCCUCGGCCUCAAAGUGCGCAAACACCCCAACAAGCACCACGAAGGCGAGCGCAAGCGCUGGCGCGACCAGAUCUCCGAGCGCGAGCGCCGCCGCUACGAGGGCGUGUGGGCCGCCAACAAGGGCCUGCUGCUGCCGCCUCCCUCUAAUACCGCAACACCAGAAGACGACCCCGCGCAGGACGUCCACGGCCUCGCCGUCCGCGAGAUCUGGACACGCAGUCGGCUGCCCACGCACGUGCUCGAGGAGGUCUGGGCGCUGGUCGAUGGGCGCGAGGUUGGUCGGCUCGCUCGCGGGGAGUUUGUGGUUGGGCUGUGGUUGGUGGAUCAAAGGCUUAAGGGGAGGAAGUUGCCGACGCGGGUUAGUGAGAGUGUGUGGGCUAGUGCGCGGGGGGUGGGGAUUAAGGUCAAGGUCAGGGGGUGA